AUGACGACCUAUGAGGAAUUUAUUCAACAAAAUGAAGAUCGAGACGGGAUCCGUCUUACAUGGAAUGUCUGGCCUUCGAGCAGGAUCGACGCGGGUAGGCUUGUGGUUCCACUUGCCUGUCUAUAUCAGCCCCUGAAGGAGCGGCCUGAUCUGCCUCCCGUGCAAUAUGACCCGGUGUUAUGUACGCGCAGUACAUGUCGGGCUAUUUUGAAUCCAAUGUGCCAGGUUGACUACAGGGCCAAGUUGUGGGUUUGCAACUUCUGUUUCCAGAGAAAUCCGUUCCCAGCUCAAUAUGCUGCUAUCUCGGAGCAACAUCAACCGGCCGAAUUGAUUCCCGGAUUCAGCACAAUCGAAUACAUCAUCACGCGAGCUCCUUGUAUGCCGCCAGUGUUCCUUUUCCUCGUCGAUACAUGCAUGGAUGACGAGGAACUAACCGCGCUCAAGGACUCACUGCAGAUGUCGUUGAGUCUCCUGCCUCAAACUGCUCUAGUUGGCCUUAUAACGUUCGGGAAGAUGGUGCAAGUCCACGAACUUGGCACAGAAGGUUGUUCGAAAAGUUACGUUUUCCGUGGCACGAAAGAUUUGACGGCGAAACAGAUCCAAGAAAUGUUAGGCCUUGGGCGGGGCGGCUAUGCAGGUCAAGUCAACCCUCAGCAACAGCAGCAACAACAAAUGCGCGGCCCAGGGGCGCAACCAAUUCCGCCUGGAAGUCGCUUCCUGCAGCCUGUGAACAAAUGCGAUAUGGCUUUGACCGAUUUGUUGGGCGAAUUGCAACGAGAUCCGUGGCCAGUGCCGCAGGGAAAACGUUACUUACGAUCAACAGGAGCCGCACUUUCGAUUGCCGUUGGCCUUUUGGAGUGUACCUACCCGAACACUGGGGCCAGAAUAUUGAUGUUCGUUGGAGGCCCUUGCUCUCAAGGACCAGGUCAAGUAGUCGACGAUGAACUGAAACAUCCAAUUCGCUCGCAUCACGACAUCCAAAAAGAUAAUGCUCGCUACAUGAAAAAGGCGAUCAAACACUACGACUCGUUGGCUCUGCGGGCGGCUACAAACGGUCACUGCGUCGACAUUUACUCCUGCGCGUUGGAUCAAACCGGUCUCCUGGAGAUGAAGCAAUGUUGCAAUUCGACCGGUGGACACAUGGUCAUGGGAGACUCCUUCAACUCAUCGCUGUUCAAACAAACUUUCCAACGCGUCUUUGUCCGUGAUCAGCAGCAUGAAUUGAAGAUGGCUUUCAACGGGGCGAUCGAAGUGAAAUGCUCGCGCGAACUGAAAAUCAGUGGCGGAAUUGGUUCUUGUGUGUCGCUCAAUGUGAAAAACGCAUCCGUGUCCGAGACUGAAAUUGGAAUGGGCAACACAACUCAAUGGAAGAUGUGCACUUUGAAUCCCAGCACAACAAUGGCUUUCUUCUUCGAAGUGGUAAACCAACACGCCUCGCCAAUACCGCAGGGUGGGCGUGGCUGCAUUCAGUUCAUAACGCAGUAUCAGCAUUCAAGCGGACAGCGCAGGAUCCGAGUGACUACAGUCGCUAGAAACUGGGCUGACGCUACCACGAAUAUUCAUCAUAUCAGCGCUGGAUUCGAUCAAGAAGCAGCAGCUGUAAUUAUGGCGCGGAUGGUUGUUUACCGUGCUGAAACCGAUGAAGGUCCAGACGUUCUGCGUUGGGUUGAUCGACAGCUUAUCAGAUUGUGCCAGAAAUUCGGUGAAUACAGCAAAGACGAUCCCAACAGUUUCCGACUAGCAGAAAAUUUCAGCUUGUAUCCACAGUUCAUGUACCAUUUGAGAAGGUCGCAGUUCUUGCAAGUAUUCAACAAUUCACCAGAUGAAACAACUUUCUACAGGCAUAUGUUGAUGAGGGAGGAUUUGACACAGUCUCUGAUUAUGAUUCAGCCUAUUCUAUACAGUUAUUCAUUCAACGGUCCCCCGGAACCCGUUUUAUUAGAUACUUCAUCAAUUCAACCGGAUCGUAUUUUGCUGAUGGACACUUUCUUCCAAAUUUUGAUUUACCAUGGUGAAACGAUUGCACAGUGGCGGGCAUUGAAGUAUCAAGAUAUGCCAGAAUAUGAGAAUUUCAAACAACUACUGCAGGCACCGGUUGAUGAUGCACAAGAGAUUUUACAGACGAGAUUCCCGAUGCCACGUUACAUUGAUACCGAACACGGUGGCUCUCAGGCUCGUUUCUUGCUAUCGAAAGUCAAUCCUUCUCAGACUCAUAACAAUAUGUAUGCCUACGGCCAGCCGGCGAUUGGUGGAAAUGCGGAUUCUUGUGCUCCAGUCCUAACAGAUGAUGUGUCGCUGCAAGUAUUCAUGGAACAUUUAAAGAAAUUGGCUGUGUCGUCGACGACUUAAUCCUCUGUCGUCUCGUCGCUACGGUCAUUUUUAAUUUUUAUUAUGUAUUGUUUUUAUUUUAAAUUGCAAUUCAUCAAAGCAAGAAUAUUUGUAGCUUACAAAGCUAAUAACAGGAAACAUUCAAUGAUAUGUCGAUAUUAUGGAAGCGCGAGGUAUUUCGUUUGUAUGAUUUAGUGGUUGGAAAUAUAAAAAACAAGCUUGAAAGAAAAAAGAAAUGUUUGUUUGUCAUUAAU